CCCUCAAAUUCUCUCUCCUCUCUAACCGCCAGUAAAAAUGGCAGCAGCUGCCGCCACCGCUCUUCAACAAGCUCCGGUCACAUUCCAUUCCCGCACUCCAGUCUCAUUUCGUGGAAGUUUUGUCAAGCCAGUAAAAAUUUCGUUUUCCGGCGGUUUAAGACUCCCGAAGUUAUCAAUCAAACUCACCGGCAAAUCUAGGCGAGGCGGCGGUGCCUCCGGCGCUAAGAUGGCUGAUUCUGCGGCAUCGAGUUAUGCAGCAGCAUUGGCAGAUGUAGCCUCCGCAAACGGUACACUAGAGGCAACUGUCAAGGACAUGGAGUUGGUGGAUCAAUUCUUCUCAGAGAGAGCCAACUUCGACUACUUCACCAGCCCUAUCGUAGGCCUGGAAGAGAAACGAGCAUUGCUCGACGAUAUUACUGCGUCAGGUAAACUCCAAACACACGUCUGCAACUUCCUCAACAUCUUAAUCGAGAGGAAGAGGAUCGAUAUGAUAAAGGAGAUCGUGAAGGAGUUCGAGCUGGUUUACAACAAGUUAACCGAGACUGAAUUAGCGGUGGUAUCAUCGGUGGUGAAGCUGGAGGAGACACAAUUGGCACAGAUCGCAAAGCAAGUGCAGAAAUUCACGGGAGCAAAGAACGUGAGGAUUAAGACGGUGAUUGAUGAGUCAUUGGUUGCCGGAUUCACAAUUAAGUACGGACAAACUGGAUCCAAAAUGAUUGAUAUGAGCGUGAAGAAGCAAUUGGAAGAAAUUGCUGCACAACUUGAGAUCGGAGACAUUUCUCUUGCAGUAUGAUUCGAUUCUAAUUUCAUGAUUCUUGUAUAAUAAUUUGCUUUACGAAAACAUAUGAAUAUAUUUUUUGGGAGAAUUGUAAUCAUGUUUUUUCAUGAGACAGUUAAAUUACAAUGAUUCUAGUAUAACUUCACCUCCGAAA